AUGUUUACACUAGUCUUCUGUUUGGCCACCUUGAUAAUCCUACCACCAUCUCCGACGACCUGCAGUGCCUCCUCCUCCUCUCCAUCUGUUUCUGCUCUCUGCUUUGGCGAUUCCACGGUGGAUUUCGGCAUGAACAACGGCCUCCUCGCCUUUGAUAAAUGCAACCAUCCCCCUUACGGCAAAGACCUGCCGGGGCACGUCCCUACUGGAAGGUACUCCAAUGGAAAGAUUGGAACUGACUUUAUGGCCUCAGACUUGGGACUCAAGGACCUCUUGCCUUACCUCGACCCGAGACUGACCGAGCCUGAUUUGCUCACCAGGGUCAGCUUCGCUUCGGGAGCUUGCGGGCUAGAUGACUACCUGACCUUGGAGUUGAGCCAUACAAUCUAUAGCAUGGGGGAUCAGUUGGAGUAUUUUGAUGAAGCCCUAGGGAUGACUAAGAGAAAUGUUGGGGAGAAUAAUGGUAGCCAGAGUGAAAAUGCACUGUUUGUGAUUAGUUGGCCUGUUGGGACGAAUGACUUGAUACUGAACGUGUAUGAGUUUCCUCUAACCCAGAGGAAAACUCAGUUUACGUCUACAGAUCAGUACUCUGAUUUUCUGCUCCAGAAACUUGGGUCCUUCAUUCAGGCUCUGCACAGUAGGGGAGCACGGCGGUUUGCGGUGGCGGGUUUUCCACCGAUCGGAUGCCUACAACAGACGUUUGGCAUAGACUCUCAGACCUACAACUCCAAGCUUCAAGCCCUUCUCUCGAGUUUGCAAACCACACUCCCUAAUUCAAGGCUAGACUAUUUUGACAUCUACAACCCCAUGAUGGACAUGUUGAACAACCCAAAUAAAUAUGGGUUUGUGCAAGUAAGUGAAGGAUGCUGCGGAACUGGGCUGCUUGAGUUGGGGCCUCUCUGCACACAGCUUUCGCGGACGUGCCCGGACGUGACGAAGUAUCUUUUCUGGGAUACAGUUCAUCCUACUGAAGUAGGAUUUUCUGUUAUUGAAGACUAUAAUAAGAAGACUAUAUCGCAGUACCUUGAUUAG